GGCCUGUAGCCGGCACUAAGUACUUACUCUCAGAGUGCGCUGACUCGUGCGUGAGUGUGAAAGAGAAACCAUGGCUGAAGUGGAUCCCAGCUCCUUCGCCUCUCCUGAUUGCUGCCGCACCCACCAUCUCUACUUGCGCUGCCGCGUAGACUUCGAAAGCCGGUCGCUGAGGGGUACCGCGGCCCUCACCGUGCGGGCGGAACGCGACAACCUGCGUUGCAUGGUUUUGGACACAAAAGAUCUAACAAUACAUAAAGUGGUUGUCAACAAGCAGGAUGCACAAUUUGCUCUUGGGCAGCGUCAUACCUUCAAAGGAGCACCACUGGAAAUCAUGCUACCUUUUGAGCUGGGAAAGGGGCAAGAUGUGGUUGUAGAGAUCUCUUUUGAAACCUGUCCAAGGUCUUCAGCACUCCAAUGGUUUACUCCAGAGCAGACAUCAGGGAAAAGGCACCCAUUUCUCUUCAGUCAGUGUCAGGCAACUCACUGCAGAGCUGUUCUUCCCUGCCAGGACACUCCUUCUGUGAAGCUAACAUACUAUGCUGAAAUAUCUGUUCCAAAUGACCUGGUGGCUCUUAUGAGUGCCAAGAGAGAUGGAGACUUGCCUGACCCAGAAGAAGGCACGAGGAAGAUAUACCGCUUUAUUCAAAAUGUUCCAAUACCUUGCUAUCUGAUUGCUUUAGUUGUUGGUGCUUUGGAAAGCAGAGAGAUUGGCCCCAGAACUUUGGUGUGGGCUGAAAAAGAGCUGGUGGACAAAUCAGCAUAUGAAUUUGCAGAGACUGAAGCCAUGUUAAAAACAGCAGAAGACUUGGCAGGACCUUAUGUGUGGGGUCAGUAUGACUUGCUAGUGUUGCCACCAUCAUUUCCCUAUGGUGGUAUGGAGAAUCCCUGUCUCACUUUUGUGACUCCCACAUUACUGGCUGGUGACAGAUCAUUAUCCAACGUUAUCGCUCAUGAAAUUUCUCAUAGCUGGACUGGGAAUUUGGUAACAAACAAAACUUGGGAGCAUUUUUGGCUAAAUGAAGGGCACACAGUUUACUUAGAACGCAGGAUUGGUGGUCAGCUCUUUGGUGAACAGUUCAGGCAUUUCCAAGCUCUGGGAGGCUGGAGGGAAUUACAAAAUACUAUAAAUACCCUCGGAAACACAAACCCUGUGACUCAUCUGAUCCCUAAUCUGAAAGAAGUAGACCCUGAUGUUGCAUAUUCUUCUGUUCCAUAUGAGAAAGGCUUUGCUUUACUACUUUAUCUUGAGCAGCUUCUUGGUGGACCAGACGUCUUCAUUGGCUUCUUGAGGGCAUACAUCCAGCAGUUUGCAUACAAGAGUAUAAUGACGGAGGACUGGAAGAAUUUCCUGUACUCCUACUUCAAGGACAAGGUCCAUCUUCUUAACAAAGUUGAUUGGAAUGCAUGGAUGAACACUCCUGGCAUGCCCCCAGCAAAACCAACGUAUGACACAACAUUAUCAAAUGCUUGUGUGGCAUUGAGUCAAAGAUGGAUUAAAGCCACCGAAAGUGAUCUUGAGUCUUUCAGCUCAUCUGAUAUAAAAGAAAUGUCUUCGCACCAGCUUAUUGAGUUCCUUGCACUACUAUUGUUGGAGAAUCCUCUUCCUGUGAGCCAUGUAAGAAAAAUGCAGCAAGUCUAUGACUUCAAUGCCAUGAACAACUCUGAAAUUAGAUUCAGAUGGCUGCGCCUUUGUGUUCAAGCCAGUUGGGAAGAUGCCAUUCCUCUAGCUGUAAAAAUGGCUACAGAACAAGGCAGAAUGAAAUUUACUCGUCCCUUGUUUAAGGACCUCCAUAAAUUUGACAAAUCCCGUGAUCAAGCUGUCGAUGCUUUCCACAAGCACAAAGCCUCUAUGCAUCCAGUGACUGCAAUGUUGGUAGCCAAAGACCUGGGACUAGAUGGACAAACAGCCCAACUUUCGCAGACUUAAGGAGAAAAUUCUAUAAGAGAACAAUUUUAUUUCUUCUGUUCCCCGUUCUUCCCCCACCCCAAAAACAUCAUGGUAACUUGCAUGCUUGAUUAUUAACCUAGCUUUCUGUUCUGGAAUUGAAUCAAUAAGGCUUUCUUUUAGAUUUUUCUUGCUGGAACUUCAGUCUUGUGCCUCAUAUAAAAUUCUGCAAAACUGAAAAAAAAUAUGCUUUGACAUAUUUGGCAUGGUACUACAAGAAGUAUUGGCACUGUUUUGCUAUAUGUACUGCUUUAUUUGAAGAAAUAAAUUUUUUUUGAUAAAUCA